AUGGACACUACUCCAGAAGUACGCAGCAGCAGUAGCAGCACAGAGGCUAGCAGGGCCGCUGAACGAAGAGUUGCCAGGGCCAACCGGGCCUGUAUAACGUGCCGCGCUCGAAAGCAGCGCUGUAUUCCGCCCGCCGUGAAUGCCCGUCCCCAAGCGCCUUGCCAGCGAUGCAUGCGUCAUGCCAUUACCUGUUCGUUUGAGACAGAUCGGCCGCCGACGGUACCCGAGGAUAUAGGGCCGUCGCAAUUAUCGCAUAUUGUGAUUGAACUGCAAAGAAGAAUCAAUACUCACGAGGCACGAAUAGCUGAGUUGGAAAAGGGAUCCUUGUAUACGAGGACGCAGUCAUCGCAUGAACGCAGUUUAGGACAUGUCGAGGCGUCUUCCGCAAGUGAACGCGACAGCAAAAAUACCGAGGAGCCUGUAAGUGGUAUCAAAGAUCCGGCCGCUCCGUCGGUUCAGUCAGACCGGACGACGGAACCACAAGCUUCGAGAUAUGACAUCAACAGUCUUGAACUUGUAUCACCAAUCGCGACUCUCAGGUCCUUGGGGGCACUCGAUAGUGACCAAGAAAAUGCCUUUUCACCAUUUGAUCCCAUUUCUUGUCGCCUGUUGAGUUUUCAAGAAGCACAAGAUGCUUUGCACACUUACAUUGACCAUUGCCACCCAUGGGCACCAGUAUUAGAUACGGGACUUCGGUACAGCGGGAUGAGUCUUCGACAAUCAAGUCCUGCACUCUUUCUCGCCAUUGUAGCCGUGGGAACGCGUUUCUGGCAUGGCGGCUCCGUGCACCCCAGGUAUUUUGAGAUAAUAGAUCUGUUGGAUAAGACGAUAUCCCGGCUUCUCUUGUCCCCAACUCCAUCCGACGCCAGCGUGGCCACGAUCCAAGCCCUCAUGAUUUACCUUCAGUGGAUGCCCUGUGUCCGCAAAGACAACCUGUCUUCUACGCCCUCGGAGCACGGCUUGUCGCAGCAGCAGAGGACCGAGAUCAAGACUCGCUACAACGACAUGAGCGCCUGGGCCGUCUUUGGUCUGGCACUGCGAUAUGCUAGCUUCAUCAACCUCGAACGACUGGCGCUGGCCCCUUUCCGCGGCGCGGCCAAGGUUGCCGUCACCAAGGACGAUAUUGCCAGGAUGCGGACCUGGCUGAAUCUAAUCACCUAUGACUCUAGUCUCACUCUCACCUCGGGGCUUCCGUCGUCGGUCGAUCCCUUGCCGGCGGCAAGAGUCGUGCAGGACUUUUAUCUACAUCGCACGGCCCAGGACCCGGGUGACGUUCGAUAUGGCGCCCUUAUUGAGCUGACAUGCAUGGUGCAACGGCUCAAGGCCACAGACGUCGGAUCAUCUGGUCGGCCGCCUAGCGUGGCAAUUUUGAAAAAGGUUAAUAUUGAAAUGGAAGAAUGGGAGAGACACUGGCUUCCAAAACUUAGACAUACGCCACUGCAACAUAUUCAAAUGCCUUUUACAUCCUUGAGAUGGUACCGUCUGUCCUUGAAUAGCUCUCUCCUUCGGCCCGUGCUCUCUUCUUCCACGCGGUCACAGACGGACAUUCUGCACGUGUGGACCCUCGGGUUUCUCGAAACCAGCACCACGGCGGCUUCGCAAAUACUCCUGUCGCUGGCCACGGGCGCUUCGAGUUUCGUUUGGCACGUGAGCUCCCAGAACUUGACCACGUACCCCGCGGACGAGUUCAGCAUUGACCCGGCCGCGCGCGCGAGUUUGCACCAUGCGGUCGACGCUACUUGGAUAUCUUCUACAUUUGCCCUGACCUUUUUAGUUCUUUGCUACAUAAGAAGAACCAUUGACGAUGACCUCCACAUCCUCAGUAUCCCCACAGCCGAGAGCUCCGCCUCCCGCGCCCCCGCCAAACCGCGAUCGCACUCUCUUUUGGCGCGCCUCACCAAGUUCGCCAUUGAAAUCUUUGAAUGCGAAUCCAAAGGCCCCGAGUUCCGGUCGGGCGGCGGCUACGAGGCCGUUAUCCGCGACGCCGCCUCGAUUGUGCUGGAUGACGAGAGCAGCAGCCAGGCUGCGCCGAUUGCCCAGGACACGCUGGAUCCCGCCAUUCAGUCGCUGUUUGAUCUGAUGGACGACACCGUGUACGAGUGGCCCAGCGUCUAUGAAGACGAUUUUAUGCAGCCAUCGUCGAAUUUUGCCGACAGCUGGGGUCCACGGUGA